AUUAAGCUCCCCCUUCUGUUUCAGAGUAGUUUUAUGAUGAUAAAAGUGAAGAUCAUGUUGAUUAUUGCACGCGUGAACGAUGGUGCAUAGUGUUGAACAUUCAGCUACUUCGGUUACUUUUUACUUUUGCUGGCAAACAUUCCGUGUUCUCAAAUAUUUGGCCUAGGCCCUAGAACACACUGUUUUAUUUGAAAGUGAAUUCAAAGACAAACGCACCUGUCAUGAUGCUGGGUAUACCCGAGAAUGCACUCUACAAAUACAGGUGUCACUUUGUGGUGGAAAACAUUGGUAAAGAUGUCAUGCUUCUCGUGAUCAAAUGGUUAGGCGAAAUUGAGAACACGCACAUCAAAGAGAAGCUGAAACAAAGUCCUGGCUUUUCUGAAACAAAAUAUAAGCGCGAGUUCAACGCAGAACAAAGAUCUAAAAUCGAUAGUAAUGCAGCUCUGAGUGGCUACGACAUAACGCUAUGUUAUAAGCUCGUGCAGAGAAUUUGUGGUUUGAAGCCCAUCACUGACCAAGAGUGGAGUGUGAACAGCAAUCCUGCAAAUCCUUCGUUAGAAUUCAAGCUUCAGACCAUUAAAAAGAUCCGUAACACCCUCGCACACGAGGAGAAAAUUUUCACAGAGCAAGAGACUCGCAUGACCAUCGAGAGCCUCCGCAAUACUUUCACUGAUAUCUUGCACGAUGCAGGAGCUCGAGCCUCUAUUGACAAAGCUGAAGUGGACGAAAAAGUAUGCGAGAUAGAAACACAUAUCAAGAAUGUUUACGGAAAAAUUCGUGAACCACUCGAUCCAAAUGACAAAGAACACUUCUACCGCCUGCAAAAUGAAGCAAGAUGCUUUCAAGUUCAGCUAAAAGAUGAACUCCUGAAACAGAGCUACGACGAAAUUGAAGAUCUUUUCCAAAAGUUGUACAAAAUUGAGCCAGCACCAUGGGCCUUGCAUCAACGAUACGAAGCCAGCCCGACGCAGGUUUUCGUGAGAGUUAAAGUGAAAGAAGACAAAGAGCUGUCAUCAAACAAAGGUGCUGAUCAAACACCUGAAGUUCCUUGCGACAAUAUUCUGGAAAUAAGAAAUCACGCUUCUCAAUUACCUGAUGUGAUUAUUUUAAGUGGAGAAGGAGGAAAAGGAAAAACUUCUCUGAUGAAGUACUUCUUGGAAGAGUACUUGAAGGGACCAGGAUGUGCGGUGCAGAAACUCGCUGAAUAUGAGAUGGUGUUGCACGUAGAAGCGAGAAAUGACCAAAUAAAAUCAUUUAAAGACCUUCUCAGGUGCACCAUACCAGCCACUUACGCCAAUAUGUCAUUGUCUUACGAUCAUCUGUCAGACAUACUUUUAGGGGUUCACAAAUUAUUUCUGAUUGAUGGUUUUGACGAACAUAAUCUUACAUCACGGAAUUUGGUGAAGGAACUUCUAAAUCUUCCCGGCAGCAACCGCUACAUCAUUACCACCAGACCUACGUCGGUCGAAGACGUCAACAUGGUUCUUCCGGACUCAAAAUCAAAAUUGAACUUGCAACUGCAAGGAAUCCCGGAAGAUCAGCACGAAAACUUCGUACUCAAAUUGCUCAGAUCUCUUAUGAAUGACGAAGAUAAGAUCCUCCAUUCGACUAAAGAGCUGAUGAAAUGUUUGCGACGCCUGAAGCAAACACUUGGAGAACAGCUCAAUACACCGCUCAAUCUCGCACUCAUAGUGCUGCUCUACGUUGUUUCUCCAGAAACUGUGAGCAACCUCACCAGCUCUUCGGACCUUUACUCGGAGCUCAGGUCGAUGAUGACCGACAAAUUGGCCUUUCGUUUAGUCAAUUGCACUGAUCUCACCGAGUCUGCUGCGAAGAAGAAAUGCAAACGUUUUUUGAAUUUCUUCGAUCAAGUAUCAUUCCGAACAUUCUGUCGAAAAGAGUAUGAAUUGAAGGACAACACGACGGAGAAGUUUGUGAAUGUUUGCGAAGAACUUGAUUUACCUGAUGAUCUUGUGCUGUCCUCAUACCUUAACACGAAAAGAUCUCUUCGUGGCAUUGGCUCAAUUAAAGUUUACACUUACCAGCAUCUCAUGAUGCAGGAGUUCGCUGCUGGAUGUCACUUAGCUAGGAAAGUAAUUCAGUUUGUGGAGGACUUAGAAUUCCCUGACGAUGCAAUUAAAGUGCGUAAAGAUCGCAUUCUCCAGUUCGACGACGAAAUUGAUGACUUCGAAAGUAGAGUUUCAAUAUCCUCUACUGAUGGAGAAAGCAAGAUGCCAGUAUUCUCUGGUCUGUCUUCGGAAAAGGCAACCAAAGCGGCAGACUCCGUCUUCAAACCUCGACGCAGAAAACUUUCUGUGAGCAACAACACUCUCUGGAAAGUCAUUCAGAAAGAAUACCCGAGGAUUUCAAACUGGGAUGAAAAUCAACGCGAAGAUUUCAUCAGCCGCGCUCAAAACGUGUUGAUGUUCAUGACCGGAGCCAUUAGAGCGACUGAUGACGAACAUCUCGUGUCAGUCGCACACGACAUUGUUCAGCUUGUCGAUGAUGAAGAAACGACGAACGGCCAGCCGUACACAGACAUUCUUAUGAGACUUGUGGCAGAAUCGGGCAAUAAUGACCACAUUACAAAAUUUGUCGCUGCCGAAGUAAAUCAAUUAACGAAAGAGAAAUACUGCAUUGUCAAGGAGAAUAGUCUUGCUGUGUUUCAACACAUUAUAAAAUUCACUUGCCCUGAGAUGAUCGCUAUUGAUAUCUGCGCAAAUCCGCUAUUAGUUUUUGAACUUCCAGAAGUGCUGCAAACUAUUUCGAAGCAAACAGUAAAGAAGCUGUCCCUGGUUUUCAGACACAUGUAUCAUGAUGGAAAUCCCGGCGAUUGCGCACCUUUUCUUGCCCCACUGAGAGACAGUACUUCGUGCGAUCUCGCCGAAUUCUGGGGAUCUCUCAGUAACGACGGUCUUGACAUGCUACCGGAAUGCUUGGGCGUCUUGAACUUGAGAUUACCUCCCGAACAAAUUGGUUACCUCAAUAAAUCUCUCGAGCGACUGAAUCUCUGGAGUUUAGGUACGGUGGUGAAUCUCAGCCACCGGCCUGAUCCCUGCACAAUCGAGGCCAUUCAGUUCGAAGGGUCGCGGCUUGUGCUCGUCGUCUCGGCAGUGCUGCGCGACUGUGCCAGUGACAUCGAGUGGGCUCUAGAUGCCCUCGAAAACUUGUGUCCCCAGGAUCGCAACAAACAAGUCACAAUAUUUGGUUUCUGGGAGACCAAACUUACUUAUGCUGGGGCCGUACUGCUGCUGGAGGGUCUUCACAGGCGCGGGUUCGUUGCUUUCGAUUUCGUGGUCAUCAGAUCGACCGAACUAAUCAAACAGACGCAGCAAGAAGAGCUCACCGAGAUGGCGCUUGCGCUCGGACAGAAGAAGUUUUUGAUCAUCAAGGACCCGUGAGCGUCUCCACUGGUGCUAUAACUGGCAUCGAGUUGGCAAUUUUGAUGGAAGUGCGUCUGGUGCUGCCGGGCGCUCUGUUAUUGUCUGUUGACAUUUGUAUUGCUUGAUUGAUGCUAAUUCAAGUGUUUCAUUAAUUAGGUUGUUGAUUUGUGAAUAAAUUAACGACUGCUUGCAUGGCAACAGUUUGUAGUCGUUUGAAGCAUAAAAUGUUUCGAUGGCGAGAAAUGGUCUAGAAAUGUAACAGAAAAGUAUAUGAAAGCUUGCCCAUUAAAGUGAUUUUCUUUUGUAAACAUUUUUGGUCAGGCACGUUUGUGAGAGUGAAAUGCAUCGGUUAAUUUUUUCAAGUGUUAUAAUCUUCGAACUUUUGACUAGGUACUAUUUUAUACAUUUUAAAUCUGUUGAGGAAGUUUAACAAAAAUUUGCUUGCCCAACACCUUUGAGUUUGAGAAACUCGAGAAAAUAAAGAAGUUUAAUUGGUAAGCAUUGACUGUAAACAACUUUUGCUUUUUGCUGUCAAGGCAAAAAUCACUUAAGUAAGUUUCUGAUUAGUUUUUAAAAGCCAAAAGUCUUUCAAUGAAAAUUUGUAACGUCAACACUGUAUAUAAGUUAUCUUUUAGUGUUUUUAUUUAAAAUCUAAGUCAUACAGGGAAUAGUCAGCCUGACAGGUGCUAACGUUAUUUGAAGCAAAAUAUAUUUAUUGGCAGUUAUUUAGGCGUAUUAAUGAAAACGAGUUUGUGUAAUUUGUAACAUAGUGGAAUGUAUACUUAGGCUUUAUAAUAUCACCCAACGUACUCUAAGAUUCAGUGAUCUGAUUAUGACCAAAAACAAUUUUAUUCACGUUUGACCAUGUGUAUAUUCUGACACGUUGUGCAAUGAGCUGUUCGUUAGUAUAAAGAGGUUUCCUUAUCUUCGCGCAAUUGAACAAAUUUAUUUUACUAAAUUUUAAUGUUAUUUUUACCUAAUAUUUUUACUAAUUUAGGCCAUCAUAGGUUACGAUUUGAGGUGCUUUAGAAAGAGCAGUGGAAUGUUUCUCGUGAGAUUCAGUUCGUUGGUGUGAAUACAUUCCUUAACAAGUAGAAUAAACUCCUGCAUAUCCAACUCAUACAAUAUUAAAAAGUUUCAGUUUAAAAUCCCGUUAUAAUUAUUAUCAUUAUUUUUAUCUUAGUUUCAAAUAAGCUUAUUAUGCUCAAAAUAUUUUGUUUGACUCUAUUCAAUUCUAUGAGAAUUCGAAAAAAAUCUUAUAUAGACGGCUUAGAGUUGAAUGAAUCAAAACUAGAAAUGAUCGAAUUGUAUGCAAAUGCAAAACCAUCCUAGAUUUGCCUCAAGAUUUUAAUGGAUGUGAACUUGAAAAAUUGUAGGUUAGAGUUGAUCCUAGAACGUCUCAUUUCGAAUGAUUCAAACGUUCUGCAUGAUUUAAUCUAAAACCAUC